GACAGGAAGUUUAUACCAGCAAACAAAUACACAGCCACGCGGUUACAUUAAUAAGCGUUGAUCUGGAGGAUAUCUAUUUAUAUGUGUUCUUCCAAUAUAACCAACUGAACUGAAAACCUGCCUGUCAGCCGCGAACAACAGCUACUACAUCAUCUGCAUGCACUCCAACCACGGCCACUCACGUCUCUCGUGUGCAGGGCCAGUCAUUCAGGACAUGGCGAGGAGUCUACAUGUUCACCAUCGACAACAAGGACAGAGACGGGAUGUUCAGUAACACCAUCGACAACCACGAUCACCAAGGCUCCCGUCUGCACUCCUCGACCACACAGCUCCAUGGCCGAACCGACGACUCUGACCACGACCGAGCAGGUCCCUCCUUCGACGACAGCCAGCUCGCCUUCAGAUACAGCAUCCGAAUUCUCGACGACUCAGUCUACUGGUCCAACUGCAACAGUAAACCACGACAUCCUCCCGGCAUUUCCGACCAUCAUCCCAAAGCAGCCAGGGAAGAACUUGUGCUUCCGAACCAUCAACGAAGAUCGCCGGUACGGAAACUUCUCUGAAGCUGCGGCUGGAACACUCGUCGGAAAACUAUGUGCAGACGGUGAUGCAUUCCACCCGGAUGACUCUGAACAUGUGCAGAGUGCUCCGGGCACAGACGGCGACUUGAAGGUUUGGAUACGUUGGGCGGAAGACCAAAGGGGAUGUUCACCGAAACGAGCGUUCCCUAUGGGUGAACCGUGUGCUGGCACUUGGCUUGGAUUUGAAGUAGACUGUGAUAUAAGUACAACCGAUCCAGACGGGUCGUAUGGCGGAGGGUUUGUAUCGAGUAGUAAAUUUGGGUGCUUGGAGUUUGGGAUGGUGAAGGAUUCAAAACAGUGGCUUUAUAGUCUUAUACUAAUUUUGAUAUAUCUGCUGCUUACAAGAUGGCCCGUUUAUAUACUGGUGAUGAUCCUUAUGCGCUGUUACUUUUCGGCAUCAUUGACAAAGUGGAGUAUACAGAGCGACUGCCGCCCUCAAGUCCCGCCCAUUACACUCGGUUGAUAAACCGCCAGUUCCUGCCCCGGAUCCAGUGUCUCAAUAGGCAGCCAUUAAGGCAAUUCGCCGCGGCGGCAUAUUCGGCCUGUCCAUCCACGGUUAGGCCGGGU